GCCAGGAUGGAUCACUACCAGCCCGCCAGCCGCUACCGAGUGCUACACAAUGAGGAUGAUCCCCCAGAGUCUUCAGCAGCUGAGCAGCCUUCCACGUCUACAGAGACUACGCAGACUCCCCAGACAGCAGCCUUAUCUGAAGCAGAUACUUCCCCUCCACCUUACUGUAGCAUAGCUGUAGAAGCAGCUGCAACCUCAGAAACACACAAUGAAUUUUAUCCUGUACCACCUCCAUACAGUGUAGCUACCUCUCUUCCUACUUACGAUGAAGCAGAGAAGGCAAAAGCUGCAGCAAUGGCAGCUGCUGCAGCAGAAGCUGCCCAACGACACGCCCAGUUUAGGGAGUCUAGGAGUCUGUUUGAUGAAAUAUUCCUCAGUCGUCCAGAGGAAGAAGAGUAUCCGCCACGGGAUGAUUUCAGUGAUGCAGAUCAGCUUAGAGUGGGCAAUGAUGGCAUCUUCAUGUUGGCAUUUUUCAUGGCAUUUAUUUUCAACUGGAUUGGAUUUUGCUUGUCAUUUUGUAUAACAAAUACCAUAGCUGGAAGGUAUGGUGCAAUCUGUGGAUUUGGCCUGUCCCUGAUCAAAUGGAUUCUCAUUGUACGGUUUUCAGAUUACUUUACUGGAUAUUUCAAUGGACAGUACUGGCUUUGGUGGAUAUUUCUUGUGCUUGGACUCCUCCUGUUCUUUCGAGGCUUUGUUAAUUAUCUUAAAGUCAGAAACAUGUCUGAAAGCAUGGCAGCUGCUCACAGAACAAGAUUUUUUUUCUUGUACUGAAGACUGCAUCGAACAGACAUUCCUUUCCUCAGUGUGAGACUUCAGAUGGUCUGUAACCCUACGAGUUAAUAGGAUAGAAGACUACUAAAACCAGAAGACAAAUUAGUGGCAAUACAGCUUCAAAAAUGAAUGACAGGAUAGUUUAUGCUCAAAUACCAGUUCUGGUCAUUCUAGGAAAUACUUAUAAUUGCUGCCUUUUGUUUUAGCACAUUUGUAUAUGUGCUUAUUAGAAAGAUAGUAUCAAAGUAAGGACGAACCAUCUAUUAGCAUAGAUUAGGUACAGUCAGACUCAGUUAAUCUGCACUUGUCGUAUCUGAAAGAUUCCAGUGGUAAUUUGUUUCACAGUGUGUAUCUACUGCUGACGUGAUGAUCUGAAUUUUGAAUGCAAUAAAAUGCAUUAAAUGAUUCAGAUUAACCAGUUCAGACAGGUUUGUUUUGCUUUUUUAAAAUACAAUUUAGAUUCGUCUAAUAAUUGUGUAGAACAUUUUUAAGUUUACUAAGCCCCAAAGUUCUUUGUUGUCACAAACAUAUUUGCCAAUAUUCUAUGGAAUUCAAACCAUUGUACUGGUUUGCUUAAAACUGAUACUCCACUUUGAGUCCCUUGUAAAUAACUCUGCAUACAUGACUGUUUGAAUUGCUUCUUAGGAAAUACGUCAAAAUAUAUUUUGUAACAGCAUAUUCUCUAGAUUUUGUUUAAUCUUAGAGCUACAUAGAUAUUUUUUGUUAAUUGGCUAUUAAGGGUAUAGUUGUUACUAUUAGGUGUAAUUUUGGAGGUAAAGGUAUUGAAUUGUUUGUCUCAUCCUAACUUUCCUCAUAUGAAUUAUAUUAACUGGUUUGGCCUUGAGCCUGAAAGUCAUUAUUCAUAUGCAUUAUCCCAUUAAAAGAUAGUUUGUUCAUGUUAGCAGGGAUGGACAGGCUUACAUCUGUAGUCCUUGGAUUGUGAUAGGUGCAGCUUUGUUCCCAAAACAAAAGUAUUGUAAAUGUAUUCCAUAGGCUAUAGCACUGGUUCUGUUUAAGAAGUCUUGAAUUCACUAUGAGUACAACUUUCACUCUGAGGGAGUCUCAAAAAAAAAUUCAUAUAGCUGUUUUACAAAAGUUGUUUAGAAUAAAUACUUUGCCAUUUCCUAAGAAUAAAGUAAUUUAAAUGUGAUUUUGGAAAUCAUCUAUGAAAAUUGUGAAAUGAUUGUUUUUAAAAAAGUUCAUGAAGUAUCUAUGAGAAUAACCUUACUUUUAAAGCUCUUAAAGUAGAAAAUGUGUAUUGCACCUCUCCCAGCCUUCAUUUAAGGUACACCAUUGCUUUCUUAAAAAUAUCAUCUCUUUAAGGGGUGCUGUCUGUUGUUCAUGCAUGUGUAGUUUCCUUUGAAAUGUGUGAAAUCUAUGCUUCUCCUUAAGCAGGAGAAUACAUCUCUCAGUCCUUUGUACAACUGGAAUCUCAGUUGCAAAAAUAUGUUCGUUGUGGUUGCACCUUUAAGAAAAAAAAAAGAAAAAACAACAAAUGCUUUCCUCCAGUUUUUCUUUUUAUAUUGGAAUUAUGCCUUUAUAUUACUAACAUAAAAACUGUGAGGUUUAUGUUGUUAUAAGCUAGUGCUGUAUUCAGUUUUGUAUCUAUAAUGAAUGUUUAAAAUAUACAUAUAUAAACUGGUCACAUCAUUAAUUUUCUUAAUCUUUCAGAGAUACUGAAAGUGACUAAAACUUUAGGGGCACAUCCACUUCCCAGUUUUUUAUGGAAAUAAUAAAAUUAAGUAUUGUGUUCAAUAUCUGACUGGGAUUUCCUUCUAAAUUUACCUGUUUGUUUCUGUGUUUUCUUUUGCAUUUAUUGUCCAUAUGAAA